AUGGUCAAGGCUCAGGAAAAGCUGACCUUCAGUGAUGUGACUGUGGACUUCACUUGGGAAGAAUGGGAGCUUCUGGACCCAGCUCAGAAGGCCCUGCACCAGGAGGUGAUGUUGGAGAACUACAGAAACCUGGUGUCCAUCGGGUACCAACCUAGCAAACCUGAUGCACUCACCUGGUUGGACCGAGGUGAACAACGAUGGAUUAAGUUACCUGAACACAACAGUGAAAGCUUUUCAGGUGAUCAGAAAGCAAAGGGCACUGAGGCCAUACUCCAUAGCAAUCAGACAACUCACAAAAUAAAGAAAUCCCAUGUAUGUAGCGACUGUGGCAAAGUCUUCACCAAGAACUCAAGUCUCACUGUCCAUCAGCGAACUCACACUGGAGUGAAGCCCUACGUGUGCAGGGAGUGUGGAAAAAUGUUCAUCGCAAAGAGUUACCUCAAUGUCCAUCAACGAACUCAUACUGGUGAGAAACCCCAUGUGUGCAAGGACUGUGGAAAACGGUUCAUUGCAAAGGGUAACCUCACUGUCCAUCAGCGAAUUCAUACUGGAGAGAGACCCUAUGUGUGUGGGGUGUGUGGAAAAGCCUUCAUUAGGAUGAAUCGCCUCACUCUCCAUCAGCAUAUUCACUCAGACAAGAAGCCCUAUAACUGCAGUGAAUGUGGGAAAGGCUUCAUCAAGAAGAUAGAGCUCACUGUUCACCAGCGAACACAUACGGGAGAGAGACCCUAUGUGUGCAAGGAGUGUGGAAAAGGCUUCGUGAGGAAGAAGAACCUCGCUGUCCAUGAGCAAAUUCACUCCAGGCAGACGCCCUAUAUUUGCAGCGAAUGUGGGAAAUGCUUCAUCAGGAAGUCAAAUCGCAGUGUUCGUCACCGAACUGAAAAUGGAGAGAGACCCCAUGUGUGCCAGGAGUGUGGAAAAGACUUCAUCAAUAAGAUUCACCUCACUGUCUAUCAGCAAAUUCAGUCCGGGGGGGAGACUCUAUAA